AUGGCCAACAAGCGUCAGCGGGAGGCGCGGAAGCACUUCCGAGAGGCGAACCCAGGCCUAUUCCCUCCGCAGCCCGCCCCUUCUGCCGACGGUGCCAAAAAGAAGAGCAAGAAGAACAAGAAGACCAUGUUCAAGAAGCCCAAGAAGGGCGGCACGGGGAGGUUUAAGCACCCGCUGCGGGUUCCCGGGAUGCGCCCCGGGGAGCGCUGCUUCAUCUGCAAGUCCACCGACCACGUCGCCAAGGCUUGCCCCGAGAAGGCCCUCUGGGACAAGAACAAGAUUUGCUUGCUUUGCAGGGAGCGGGGCCAUAGUCUGAAGAACUGCCCUGAAAAAAGCGAGGGAAAUUUGAAGAAAUUUUGCUAUAACUGUGGUGAAUCUGGACAUUCUCUUUCCAAGUGCCCCAAGCCCAUUGAGAAUGGGGGAACGAAUUUUGCAAGCUGCUUUAUCUGCAAACAGCAAGGACAUUUGAGCAAGAACUGCCCUGAAAACAAACAUGGCAUCUAUCCAAAGGGUGGUUGUUGUAAGGUAUGUGGAGAAGUUACCCACUUGGCCAGACAUUGUCCGAAUAAAGGGAAACAAGAUUUGAUAUCCUCCAGAGAUGAUGAUGUCAACAUGGAAGAGCACAAUCAGGAAGGUCCUGCCAUUCACCAUGGUGGAGAUGACCUCGAGGAUGAUUUCGUUGAUGAAGAGGAACCAAAACCUGCCAAAUCAAAAAAGGCAAAGCAAUCAGGUCCAAAGCCAGCAACAGGGACGGGAAAUGAGGAGAAGAGCGCCAGUGCGAAGACAAAAGCCAAGCAAGCUCCUAAAGUUGCGAACUCGGCGUCGGGGAUGGCCGUGAGCGACGAGUGCAAGCUCAAGUUCCAGGAGCUCAAGUCGAAGCGGAGCUUCCGGUUCAUCACGUUCAAGAUCAACGAGCAGACGCAGCAGGUGGUGGUGGACAGGCUGGGGCAGCCCGGCGACACGUACGACGACUUCACCGGCUCCAUGCCCGACAGCGAGUGCCGCUACGCUGUCUUCGACUUCGACUUCACCACCGACGAGAACUGCCAGAAGAGCAAGAUCUUCUUCAUCUCCUGGUCCCCGGACACGUCGAGGGUGAGGAGCAAGAUGCUGUACGCGAGCUCCAAGGACCGGUUCAAGAGGGAGCUGGACGGCAUCCAGGUGGAGCUGCAGGCCACCGAUCCCAGCGAGAUGGGCAUGGACAUCGUCAAGGCACGAGCUCUCUGA